AUGGCAUCGCGAGUCAUUCUCUCACAAGCGCGCGCAGCGGGGGCGAAACACGCGCCGCUCUCGGACAACCUCAUCGCGCAUCUCCUCAGGCCGCUGAAAAACCCGCCCGCCGCACCAUCCCCCGCAGCCACCAGCGCCGCAUCUGCCGCUUCGAAAUUCGCGUCUGCCGCUGAUCCCCCCAGCUAUUCCUCCCCGCAAGCACCGACUCAACAUCCCCCCGCGCUCCCCGCAACUGACCUCGAUCGCCCGUACCGCAGCCAGUUCAGUCGCAGGCCCGCAUCAUCUGCUAUCUCACCGGCCGUCGUUCCUCUGCUCCUGAACCUCCAACCCUCUCCGCAGCCCACCUUCGUCGGCUCAAUUCUCGACACGUGCGUAGCGCGUCCCGCGGAAGACGCUGUCCCCGUGGUCUCUUGGGCCAAUGUCUUGCCCGCGAGCGACGGAGCCGUUGCCCCGGGAGAACAGCUCCCGGCGGAAGCAACUGAUUCAGCCCCGCUUGUUCUUCCGCUCCCCGUGCUGUCAGCAGCCGCUGCUAGCCCCUCUGCUGGUCCCUCCCGCCGCCGCCCCGUCUCCGUCGUUGAUUCUCCCGCUGCUACUAAGGCGGGGAGCGUGGCCGCGGCAGCACCGAGGGGCGUUCAGGCGAUCGUAGACGACAUUCUCAGCGGCCGCUUCAAGGACUCGCACCGGGAAUCAUGGCGCGCUGCCAAUGCUACCAAUGCUUCCGCUACCGCGCCCCGUCCCGCCGUUGAACCCGCCGCCGCGCCACCCGCUGCGACUGUUGCCGCUGUUACGGCGGCCCUUCGCGCACCCCCCUCUCCGAAACCGAACCCCGCCCCCUCUCCCACCGCGAAGUCCGCAUCCGCAGCGGCUGAGGCCGCCGACUUCCCCGCAUUGCCCAGCGGCGUCAUCCUUCCCGACGUAUUCCCCCUCAUGCCCUCCCCAAUCGCCUCUCCGAAAGCCGCGCCAUACCUUUCCGCCCUCACUGAUUGCGCGCACCCUCCGUCCGCCACCUCCUCCGCUCCCGCAGUCGCCGGUUUCACCAGCGCGUCAAAACAAGUGGCGUUCACCAUCGGUUCCCCCUUAGACGAGUUCUUCUCCCCCGAUGCCUCCCCGCCCGCCCAGCUCUCCGCUGUCUCUUACGCCUUGGAUCAGGGCGAUUCCCUCCCGAUGCUGUCUGCCACGUCAGCUUCUGCUGCCGCGGGUGCCGCGGCGGUGUACCACCAUCCGCAUUUCCUGGAGUCGCAGGACAACAGCAAGAGUCCAUCCGCGCGUCGCAGCAGCAAGGGCGGCAAGCAGGCCAAGGCCGGUGAGGCCAAGCCUGCUGCUCGCUCAGCUGACCGCAACGGGGGCAAGCGCAGCAAGGCAGGAGGUUCGGCCGAGGCUGAUGAUUGGGUGCGGCAAAAGCUGGAGCAGCCGCAGGCCUCUGUGGGCCAUGGCCGUGGCUUGGAUGCGAAGAGGGCUGGUGGGAAAACUGCCACGACAGUUGCUAUUGGUGCUCCUGGGGGCGUGGUUCGCACUCUGGAGCUUUACCUACCUUAUUCCACCGCAGCCACUAAUCCAGGCACUAAUGGCCCUGCGAUAGGAUCUGUGAGUCGCGUUUUAUUCGUGAAUGACUCGGAGGGGAACGACGAGUUCGGGUUCAGCAGCAACCGCAUCUACACCACCAAGUACACCUGGUACACCUUCCUCCCCCGCGGCCUCUUUGAGCAAUUCCGCCGCGUCGCCAACUUGUAUUUUCUCUUCCACGCGUGCGUCUCGCUCACGCCGCUCUCCUCCAUCAGCCCCAUGGCGACAGUCCCGCCGCUCGUGUUCGUUGUCGGUCUCGCCAUGGCUAAGGAGCUAUGGGAGGAUAUUAAGCGGGGGAGCUCCGAUUACGAGACGAAUAAGCGGAAAGCAACGGUCAUACGGCCGGACGGCACGGAGGCGACGCGGCGAUGGCGCGAUCUGCGCGUGGGGGAGCUGAUCCGCGUGCCGCACGACGCCUUCCUGCCCGCCGACAUCAUCUGCGUCGCGACGAGCGGCGACGGCGGCGCGUGCUACGUGGAAACAAUGAAUCUGGACGGCGAGACGAACCUUAAGAUGCGCAGCGCGGUCUUCGAGACGCACGCGAUGAGCGCGGCGGAACUCGCGCGCGUGCGCGGGCGCGUCGAAUACGAGCAUCCGAACGCGUCCAUCUACACUUUCGCGGGGAAAAUGCUGCUUAGAACGAGUACCGAGGGUGCUAUUAGCGGGAGGAGUGAUAGUAGCGCGGACAUCGAGUCUUCCGAAGGCAGCCAGUCUGGUGACGCGGCGCCGAUUUUCAUCACUCCGGCGAAUAUUCUCCUGCGCGGCUCGCGGCUGCGCAACACCAAGUGGGCGGUGGGGAUUGUCGUAUACACCGGCCGCGAGACCAAGAUCAUGAUGAACUCCACCGAUCCGCCGUCCAAACGAAGCUUCGUGGAAAAGCGACUGGAUUUCGUGAUCAUGUUCGAGCUGGUGGUGCUGGUGGGGCUGGCGACGUUCUCCUCCGUGAUGUACGGCGUGUAUCUCGGCAAGUACAUGCCGCAGCAAUGGUACCUGCGGCCCGAGGAUUACACCGGCGUGACGGGCGUGGCUAAGGCGAUGUAUAACUGGCAGCAGCCGGCUUUGGCGGGAUUCAUGCAGUUUUUCACCGCGCUCGUGCUAUACGGGUAUUUUGUGCCUAUAUCGCUGUAUGUGACUAUGGAGUUGGUGAAGCUAGUGCAGGCUGCGACGAUCGCGCUUGACCUGCAUAUGUAUUACGAGGAGAAGGAUAUCCCCACUACAGCGCGCACCUCUAACCUUAACGAGGAGCUCGGUAUGGUGCACACCGUUUUGUCGGAUAAAACGGGCACGUUAACUCGCAACCAGAUGGAUUUCUUCAAGUGCUCUAUAGCGGGGAUAGCGUACGGCACGGGAGUGACGGAGGUAGAGAAAGCGGCGGCGCAGAGAAUGGGCCAGCCAAUCCCGGACGAGGACGAGGAGACGGAGGGGGAGGAGGGGGUAUACACCCCGUUAAAGCCACUGGAAAAGGGGUACAACAUGAAGGACCCCCGGCUGGACGAUCUCAAGUGGCGGACGCAGCCGACGGCCGCGGAGAUUAGGAGGUUCCUGGAGGUAAUGUCGGUGUGCCACACCGUGAUCGCAGACACGGGCGACGCGGCAGAUGCGGCGGGAGGUGUGGGGAAGGCGGGCGGCGCCGGUGGUGGCGGCGCGGGGGGUGGUGUGGGGGAGGGGUGGGAGGCGGGCGCAGCGGGGCACGUAGGCGACGGUGAAAGCAGCAGCGACGACGACGACGAAUACGAGGCCGCCAUGUGGCGCGACGACGGCGGCAUGGUGAGCGUGGGCGGCAGCAUGCGCAGCCUGGGCGGCAGCAUGUCGAGCUACCACACGGCCGACGCGCGCAGCGCGCAAGACUCGUUCCACUCCUUGGGAUCAUCCGAAGGCGCCAGGCAGGGGGCAACGAGGGCGGAGCAGGGGAGCGAUCACGACAUGACCGGGGGAGGCGCGGGGGAAGUCUCGGGGGUAGGAUCGGUGAGCACGGAUCCCGACGCGGUGCGGUACCUUGCGGAGUCCCCCGACGAGGCGGCGUUCGUGGUGGCGGGGAAGCGCAUGGGGAUGGUGUUCGCGGGGCGGCAGGGGCGCGAGGUGCGCGUGCAGGAAUUCGCGGAGGGGUGGGUGCUAAAGGACGAGCGGCGCUACACGCUGCUGCACACCAUCGAAUUCACCAGCCACCGGAAGCGCAUGAGCGUGAUCGUGCGCACGCCGGAGGGCAAUCUUGUCCUUUUGUGCAAGGGCGCGGACAACAUCAUCAUGGACCGCCUGGGCGGCAGUGAGGAGGCGCAGAGGCACCGGCCAAUCACGGAGCAGCACAUGCGCACGUAUGCGGAAGCGGGGCUGCGCACGCUGGCAAUCGCGUGGAAGGAGAUCGGCGAGGAGGAAUAUGCCAGCUGGCAGGCGCGGUGGGAGAGCGCCAAGGCGAACAUGGCGGACGUGGCGGUGCAGGCAGCGGAGCUGGAGGGAUUGGCGGACGAGAUGGAGCGGGGGCUCAUCCUGCUGGGCGCCACCGCGAUUGAAGACAAGCUGCAGGUGGGGGUGCCACAGGCCAUAGAGGCCAUGGCAGCAGCGGGAAUCCGGCUGUGGGUGCUGACGGGGGACAAGCUCGAGACGGCCGUCAACAUCGGCUUCGCAUGCCGCCUGCUGCGCCCGGGCAUGCAGCAGCACGUGGCGUUUCUGGAGGAUAAUGACAAGCUUGCCGCUGACGCCGCUGCUGCUGGCGCUGAUCCUGCAGAGUUCGCAGCCAGCGCCAUCCGCGGGCAGAUCCUCUCCGCCAAGUCCGCCGCCACGGCGCCGGGCGCCUCGCACGCCGCGCCGCACGCGCUGAUCAUCGACGGCAAGGCGCUCACGCACGUGCUGGCGGACGCCGCUCUGCGCAGCGACUUCCUCCGCGCCGCGCUCGCGUGCGCGUCCGUGAUCUGCUGCCGCGUGUCGCCCAAGCAGAAAGCGCAGGUCACGGAGCUCGUAGGCUCGGAGGGCGGGAUGAUCACGCUCGGAAUCGGUGACGGCGCGAACGACGUGGGGAUGAUUCAGAAGGCGCAUAUCGGUGUGGGGAUUGCGGGGGAGGAGGGGCAGCAGGCGGUUAUGGCUGCUGAUUUUGCGAUCGGGCAGUUCCGGUUUGUAGUGCGGUUGCUGCUGGUGCACGGCGCGUGGAGCUACACUCGAAUUACAUACAUGAUAAAAUAUUUUCUAUACAAGUGUCACACAUUCGCCUUCACCAUCUUUUUCUUCAACGGGCUCGCGCUGUUUUCGGGCAGCGCGGUGUACGUUGAUUGGCUGCUCGUGCUGUUCCAAGUGCUGUUUUCAUCGCUGCCCGUGGCAGCGGUGGGAGCGUUCGACCAAGACGUGAAGGCAAUUUACCACCUCAGAUACCCGCGCCUCUACGCCCAGAUCCAGCGCAACUGGCUCUUCACGGUGGGGGAGAUCGGCAUGGCGAUGGGCAAGGGCAUGAGCCAGCGCAACCGUCUGUUUACCGUGGGGGCGAUCGGCAUGGCGAUGGGCAAGGGCAUGGUGCAGGCGGCAAUUCUCUUUGCGGUCUCCUUCCUACCGCUGCUGCUCUCCUCCUCCGGGGCUGAUGGGCGCGUGCUGGACCUCACAGCACAGGGCUCCAUUCUCUUCACUGCCCUCGUGCUCGCUGUCAACCUCGAGCUGGCCAUCACCAUCCAGGGCUCCAUUCUCUUCACUGCCCUCGUGCUCGCUGUCAACCUCGAGCUCGCCAUCACCAUCCAGUACUGGACGGUCAUACACCACAUGGCCGUGUGGGGCUCCAUCGCCCUUUGGUUCAUCUUCCUCGCCAUCGUCAGCUACGUGCCCGCCACGCUCUCCGCCUCGUUCUACGGCAUGGCGCCCAUGCUGCUGCCGCGCCCCGCCUAUUACCUCAUAGUGUUGCUCGCCACAGUGGCAACGCUGCUGCCUGGCUUUGCAGCGGCCAGCAUUACACGGUAUCUGGCGCCCACUGACGUGGAGUUGGUGCAGGAGGUGCAGCAGCAGGACCACAAGAGGCGCCUCACUCGCCUCGCCACCAUGCGGAGCAGUAGGAGGAGAUAG